GGGUUUGGUGACGUAGAGCGCAUGUCGUCCGCAGUGCACGCGAGGCCUGCUGCCAGUGGAAGAAAGCGCUUUCAAUACGGUGAGGUCAUGUUAUCGAAUCCAGCAGCAGAAUAAGCGCUAUUAAUAAUCGAUAGAGACUUCACCACAUAAUUUCUGAAGAGCCCGAGUAUUUAAGAGGCAUUUAGGAUACAGCGAGUGUUUUUAUUUCAAUCGUAGCAGGUUUGUAAAAGUCUGCCUCGUUCGGAUGCUAGGACAUCGACUUCACCAUGAACAAAAAUAAGCGAGAAAAAGAAUUCUACAGCGUAGAUGUGGGUGAUUCGACAUUCACAGUGUUGAAGCGGUAUCAGAAUCUAAGACCCAUUGGCUCGGGUGCUCAGGGAAUAGUCUGCUCAGCGUAUGACCACAACCUUGAGCGAAAUGUGGCUAUAAAGAAACUCAGCCGGCCUUUUCAGAAUCAGACUCAUGCCAAACGCGCAUACAGAGAGCUGGUGCUCAUGAAGUGUGUCAACCAUAAAAAUAUAAUAGGGCUCUUAAAUGUUUUUACACCACAAAAAACAUUAGAAGAAUUCCAAGAUGUUUACCUAGUAAUGGAGCUGAUGGACGCCAACCUCUGCCAAGUCAUUCAGAUGGAGCUGGACCACGAGCGGCUGUCCUAUCUGCUGUACCAGAUGCUGUGUGGAAUAAAACACCUCCACUCGGCGGGAAUCAUCCACAGGGAUCUAAAACCCAGCAACAUCGUGGUAAAGUCAGACUGUACCCUGAAGAUCCUGGAUUUCGGUCUGGCUAGGACAGCAGCUACGGGUCUGCUGAUGACACCAUAUGUGGUGACACGUUACUACAGAGCCCCUGAAGUCAUCCUGGGAAUGGGAUAUCAAGCCAAUGUGGACAUUUGGUCUGUGGGCUGCAUUUUGGCAGAAAUGGUCCGUCACAAAAUCCUUUUUCCAGGGAGGGACUAUAUUGAUCAGUGGAACAAAGUCAUAGAGCAGCUGGGAACACCAUCCCAGGAGUUCCUGAUGAAACUCAACCAGUCUGUGCGGACCUACGUGGAGAACAGGCCACGGUACACCGGAUACAGCUUUGAGAAGCUGUUUCCUGACGUCCUGUUCCCUGCUGAUUCAGAACACAACAAACUGAAAGCGAGCCAGGCGCGGGACCUGCUGUCUAAAAUGCUGGUGAUAGAUGCAUCUAAACGAAUCUCUGUGGAUGAAGCUCUUCAGCACCCCUACAUUAAUGUGUGGUACGACCCAGCUGAAGUGGAAGCGCCACCUCCUCUGAUCACAGACAAACAGCUUGAUGAGAGGGAACACACAGUGGAGGAGUGGAAAGAGCUGAUCUAUAAAGAAGUGCUGGAUUGGGAAGAACGGGUGAAGAAUGGUGUCAUUCGAGGUCAGCCCUCCCCGCUAGGUGCAGCAGUGAUCAACGGUUCACCCCAGCCCUCCUCCUCCUCCUCUAUUAACGACGUCUCCUCCAUGUCCACAGAGCCCACCGUGGCCUCGGACACGGACAGCAGCCUGGAGGCCUCUGCGGGACCCCUGAGCUGCUGCAGAUGACUAUCACCUUCCCCUGGAGUUUCUCUGUGUGUGGCAUGGUAUCAGAUUUAGGCCAGUCUAAUACAUUAUUUCGGGUCGGGUAUGGCUUUUUUGAGUUCUGCUCUAGAUGCUGUAAAUGACUAUACAAUUUUAUCUUUUUAGCAACAGCCCUAACAGGCUUAGCCAAUGAUAGUGAACUCCUUAACAAGACUCUUCUUUUAUAAGCUACAUUUAGAGUAUUUUGUCAUGUUGUCGUAGAGUGAUUUUGGAAGGUAAUCUGUAAAGAUUGAAUUGUGAAUAUAUUUUCUCAAAUUAAUUUAUUUUGAUCUUUAUUUUUAUUUUAUUUUUUUCCCUGGUCAAUGUAUAAUUUUCUUGGUCACCUGGGAUAUGAAAAUCUUUAGAUUUUCAAUUUUAGUAUUUUAAAAUGGACAUAACGAUGUUGCACAAAUUGAUAUCAACAUAGUUAUUUAAGUACAUUUUGACAACUUGCCUGAGGUGGCUUUUUCUGGGUCAUGUUUUCCAUCUUUGUGCACAGCACAUUUUAUUUAAAUUUUGUACAGUUUCAUUUAGAUAUAAUAACUCACAACAUCGAAAAAAUAUUUUUAUAUGUACAUUGAUUUAUUUUAACAGGCUGUUCUGUUUUUCAUGAAUACUUUGCUGCUGGUUAAUUUCCUGGUAGACUGUGAUAUAUGACGUGCUUGCGCAUAUGUCUCUGGUGUUCUAGUUCUUGUUCUAGUCUUAGUUACCUAGAAUUUCAGCACCUUUUUAUUGUUUAAUUAUUUAAAUUCAUUUUACCCCUUCAAAAUCUGCAUAUAGAACAAGCAUUGCACUUAAUUACUGUCCUGUUCAGAAUUAUUGGCACCCUUGGUAAAUAAGAAUAACGAAGCCGGUGAGCCCUAACCUUUCAUUGAAGUAAAACAAUUGAAAAUGGGGGAAAAUCUCAUUAUGAAAUAAAUCUUUUUCUCUAAUACACAUUGGUGACAAUUAAUGGCAGCCUUUUAUUCCAUACUUUUUGCAACAUCCUUUUGCCAAGAUAACAGCUCUGAGUUGUCUCCUAUAAUGCCUGAUGAUUUUGGAGAACACCUGACAGGAGAUCAGAGACCAUUCCUUCAUAGAGAAUCUCUACAGAUCCUUCAGAUUCCAAAGUCCAUGUUGAUACACUCUCCUUUUCAGUUUUCUAUAGGGUUCAGGUCAGGGGACUGAAAUGGCCAUUGCAGAAGCUUCAUUUUGUGUUCAGUGACCCAUUUUUGUUUUGGAUCAUUGAUGAAAGAUCCAA